AAGUGAAAGGACAACCUUCAGUAUGGGAGAGACAUUUGCAAAUUACAUGUCUGAUAGUGGCCUACUUUCCAGACUGCAUCAAGAACCUUAAAACUCAGCAACAGAAAAGACAAGCAGCCCAGUUUUAGGAAAUGGGCAAAGCAGUUGAAAGUACAUCUGCUUCCUCCAAAGCAGGUGUACAAAUAGCCAAGAGGCACAUGAAAGGAUGCUCCACAUCACUAGCCAUUAGGGAAAUGCAAAUCAAAACCAGGAGAUACCACUUCACACCCACUGGGAUGGCGAUUAUAAGCAAGACAAAAGGGAAAUAAGUUUUGAUGAGGAUAUGGAGCAAUUGGGGCCCUCAGACACUGUUGUCAGAACUGUAAAAUGGAACCAUCACUAUGGAAAUCAGUGUGCGGUUCCUCAGUAAGUUAAACAUAGAAUUACCACAUGGCCUGGCAAUUCCGCUCCUAGAUAGACACACAGAAGAACGGAAAACAGGUGUUCAAACAGAACUCUGUGCAGGAAUGUUCACCGCGGUGCUAUUCACAACAGCCAGUAGGUGAAAAUGACCCAAACAUCCACCAACUGAGGAACCCAUGCCCAACAUGUAGUCCACCCAUACAAGGGAAUAUUAUUCAGGCAUGAAAAGGGAAUAAAGUGCUGAUUCAUGCUACCACCAGGGUGAACCAUAAUGAGACCAUUAUGUUCAGUGAAAGUAGGCAGACACAAAAAGCCACCUGUUUAUCCUAUGAUUACAUCCCUAGAAAUUUCCAGAAUAGGCGAGCCUCUAUGGACAGGAAGCAGGUUCAUGGUUGCCUGGGUCCAGGAGAGGAGGAGGGCAGUGGGAGUGACUGCCACACAGGGUACAGGGGUUUCUUUUGGGGAGGUUCCAACGUUUUGGAAGUAGAUAGGUGUGCUGGCUGUCCAACAUCACCAGUUAUACCUGGUGCCACUGGAUCCCACAUGUUUUUUCUCUACAACAUUCCUGUCCAGUGGACAGUGAGAGUUCCCUCAAAGAGAGGGUCCCAUGGCAAGGGUGAGCAGGGAGCUGCCAGCACCCCUUCUUUGCAGGCCCCGGCCCACCAGGGCCAAUGGGAAAGCAGUGACCUCACAGAACUUAUGUGUCAUACAGCCUGUACCUGGACCAAUGAGGGGUCGGUCCAUGGUCGCUAGGAUACAGAGCAGGAGCCUCUGUACUGGCCAUCUUGAGCGGUUGAGACCAACUGGCAUCUUCCUGCACUUGACCGCACUGAACCGCACCGCAGCACGCCACAGCGCACUGUAGAUCCAGGCGGGUCGGAGACAGUGCACCCCAGCACCCAUCAUGUCUGGGCAAAGGAGCCGCGGAGGGUCUUCUGAUCACCAGAGGCGGAACCGCACCCGCAGCCGCACCAGCAGAGCUGAAUUGACCUUCUCCGUGAGCCACCUGGAGCACCUCCUGCGGGACGGCCACUACACCCAGCGUCUCAGCGCCAACGCACCCGUGUACCUGGCGGCCAUCAUCCAGUACCUGACGGCCACGGUCCUGGAGCUGGCGGGCAACGAGGCCCAGAAAAUCGGCUGCAGGCGCAUCACCCCGGAGCUGCUGGACAUGGCGAUCCACAACAACGCACUGCUCAGCGGCUUCUUUGAGAACACCACCAUCUCCCAAGUGGCCCCGGGCAGGCGGUAGCUUCCCAACAUGACCUGGGCUCCCCGGGCCUCGGCCCACUCACAGCCCAGGCAGCCCGGGCCUGUCUGGCGCCUUGGGCCAAGUUAUUGAAAAUAAAGUGUUGAAGGAAACCCAUGUGCCUGCUUCAGUCACUCUGUGUGGGAGGUGGUUGGAGGGAUGGGCUGGUGGUGGUGUGUUCCUGGGGGCGGGGGUGGAGUCGGGGAUGACAAGAGAGGAGCAGCCCCCCAUGGUGACAGUGCAGGGGGUGGUCCAGGGUGGGAGAGGCCGGCUGGGUGGGGGUAGGCUGGGGUCUGGAAAACUCCCCCAUCGUCUCUGAGCAAGUCAGAGCCUGGCAAGGUCCCCAGAAGGCUGGUGUUCACUGGGGUGGAGUGCAAGACCAUGACUCAGGCAUCGUGAUAGGGUGAAGGUGCAAUGCCAACCCGCCUGCAGAAUGGAGGGGUGGACAGAGUGGUUGGCAUCGACUCCCAUGGGGCAGUGGC